AUGCUUAAAUUUGAUAAAAAAACAUGCAGCAUCAAUAUAACCAAUAUCAGUGCAGAAGCUAAAGGACAAUAUGAGAUCAGAGUGGAGGAAGCUCAUUCAAACACAUACCGCCCCAUAUUUAAAUUCGUCAUUCAAGAUGCGCCUGUAAUAAUCAUUCCUCCUCUCAAAGAAGUAAAGCAGGCAAAUCUGAGCUGUUCAGCUCCUGCUCCAUGCCCUGAAACUAACCCUGAUAUCACAUGGCGAAUCAAUCAAAAUGAAAAAAACAUUAAAUUGAAAGAGAUCACAUUUACAACCUCCCAAGGCUUUUACGUCGCAACUUUGACCAUCAUGCCAACCGCUGAACUACACAAUGCAACUAUUGAAUGUGAAGCAAGAUGUGGAAACACAAUCAUCAGUAGAAGUACGACCAUAGAAGUGAUAUUAAAUGAAUUUAAAACAAAUUCGACAGUCAGUCCAAACAACAAAGACAAUACUGAAAAUGGAAACCGGACCGUAAGUCCUACAGAGCCACAGAAUACCACUGUAAAUAAUCCAGGUGUAAGUAACAUGAACCAAAGUCAUCCUAUAGAAGAUUUUUUUCAAAGUCUGGGGCUGUCAAGAGUGCACAUGCUUUUGGUGGGAAUCGCAACUUCAGCAGUCUUUUUCUCUGUGGUCUUGUGUUGUUGGGUGUCUUGCAACAGAACCAAAAAACCUGAAGUGGUGGCCAUACCACCAGAUUCUGCAGUUCAUUUGGAGGCGGUGCAGACGAACAUAGAUUCAGCUGUGAACGGUGAACAGACCAAUGAAGAGACGCCUCUUCAAAACCAAUUUGACGUAGAGAUGUCAAGCACACAGGUGGAGAUGACAGGUCCAACAGAGGACAGUGAAGCAGGUGGGGCAGAUGCAAAUGUUGAUUAUGCCGCAAUCGAUUACUCGCUUCUGAAGAAGAAACCUGAAGAGGAAGAGGAGGAGACAGCGAACACAGACUAUGCAGAGAUCAAAAGGGAUACGAAAGGAAGAAAAGACCCCCAGGAUCAAGAUGAUCAAGUUGAAAUGGCCAAUGAAGGAUACGAAAUCCAGAAGCAGAAUGAGGGCGAGGAGAGGCUUUAUUCAAAUUCUCAGGAAUUGGAAAUUUUGGCAUAAGGAAGUAUGCAGUUGUUUGCAAUGCGUUUUAUGAACUUUCAAAAAGCAUUUCACAUUUAUUUUUGACAAAAGGUUUGAAAUGUAUUAGAUGUGCAUUUACUGUAAGGAUAUGUUAAAGGGAGGGUUCACCCAAAAACCCAAAACUCACUCUCAUGUCAUUUUAACCCUCAUUUCUUCUCUUUGUUCUUCCAAACCCCAAUAUUUUUGUUGUUUUUGGUUUUUUGGUUAUUAUGUGGUUGGUGAUAGAGGUGUACUCUACAAGCUUUAAAAUAACCAAAAAGUGUUAAAUAAAUAACUCAACUUGACAUCUGCCAUAAGCAGUUUUUAAGUGAAGAUAUUUGAUGAUCAUAUAAUAAGUGACGAGAGCAUUUGGUUAAUAUUAUUACCUAUUUUUUUUGACGGAGGUGGCAUUUAGUGGCUUUUUCCUUUAGUGCAUUGGAGCUCCUCAUUUACAUCUCUACUUUAUUGUUGUAUCACUGUUUUUCGUUACACAUUAUUUAAAAUAAAACAUCUUACCUAAACAAUGCUAUGGGCACAGAGAAUGUAAAUGUGACACAGGUCAAGAUUUUCACUAAAUAAUGGAUUAUAUUUUAGUUUGCUUUUCACCUAAAUCUUUUGUAUGUCUUCAGGACAUCUAAAAUAAAGUAUCUGCAGUGCUAGCGUUUGAGUCAUGCACAAUAUAGACACCUCACGUGCAUUGACGGCGUGCAAACUGUAAUUAAUGAUAAGCCAUAGCACAAAAAAGUAUGUAUUCCUCUGUUGCCUAAAAGAGAAAGAAGAAAAGGACAGAGGAGGAGAAAAAAAGAGCAAGAUAAAGGUAUGUUUGCAUGAAUAUUUACAAUUAAUUUAAUUUGUGCAGCAGCAGCAGCUAGUGGUAUGACAGAUCGCAGUUGAUCCGUGAUCGACCCGCAGUUCGUCUUGCAUGUGAUUUGCGACUUACACGCAAAUUUUAAUAGGGAAGAUUUAUCAUUUCACGUGUUUCAAAGGCUUGCUAAUGUUAACAUUUCAAGUGAUUUUAAACCAUUUAACCCGCAACAAGGCGCUAAAGUGAGCAGCUUUCUGGACGCACAUGCGGUUAAAUGUGUGUCGGGUCCAGCUGCAGUCAGAUGCUACCUUAAUGCUUAUUUUAGCCCUUACUUAAUCUGCAACUUUGUUCUUUUUAUAAAUGUUUAUAAUUAUUUUUCAAUAAAAACAUUGGUGAGAAGGGGGCCCCCAAACAAAUUCUGCUUAGGGCCCCUAGAAGGCUCAGGCCGGCACUGGGUGGUCACCAUCCACUCCCAUAGUAACCAGAAAAUCCAAAACACUUUUUUUAUUCUGAGUUCUGAGGAACAAACAAAGAUCAAAUGACAUGAGGGUGAGAAAUAAUGAGAAAGCUUUAAUUUUUGGGUGAACUAUACGUUUUUUAGGCUUCACGGCUAUCAAAAGCUGCUGAAAUUGUGCUUGAUUUAGUUAAAAAAUUUUGCAUGCAUCUUGUUACCUUGUGUUUGACUGUUUUAGUACUUGAAAAUGUUUUUUUAAAAAUGCAUAAUUUUUCAGUUUUUAUAAAAUGUUUAAAGUUUAAGUUAAAAUCAUUCUUUGCAGUGAACAUGAAAGACUGUUGUAUAUAUAAUUAUAAUAUUUUUUUUUGUUUUAGCUGUUUGUUGUAUUUAGCAAAGAGUAUUUUACUUAGUUCUUUUUCUUUAGUCAUUUAAUUAUGUUUUAUUAAUUUAUGAAGCCCCGAAAUGCCCAUAAAUUUAGUUUGCUGCAAUAAAACCGAUUCUUAUCUAAAAGCCCUUUUGGGAUUGUGAGGCAAUCUCACCCUUUACAUGCACUAUUGUGGAGUUUAUUGACAUAUUAUUUUCCACAUUGGAAAAGUCAAGUGUUAUUCUUUUCCACCAUUCCCGGGUGUGGGAGAAAACUUUGACUUUUACACUACCCAGUCUCACAAAAUUAUAUACCUAGUCACGUAAUUUUUUAAAAUUCUUUUCGUGUCACGAACUUCCGUGUUUUUUUCGUGAUCGUAUCACGAAUUUCUGUUUGCAGUAUGUGUCAUUGUCAUGUAUUGGUUACCCAACUGCUUUUUCUUAUUUUCAAACCAUGUUCGCUUCGGUUUAGGGUUAGAUUUGGUGUUUGUGUAGGAUGUCACUUUAUUAUAUUUUUUUAUCAGUUUUUUCUGAUUAUUUUUUUAUAUUUUCAAAAUUUUAAACCAUUGUCGCCUGGCGUUAUGUUAGAGUUCGGUUUGGGCAUGGAUGUCAUUUUAUGUAAAUCUAACCCUAAACCGAAACAACAAUGGUAAGAAAAUAGGAAAAACAAUAAUCAAUAUGUGACAAUGACACAUAAACAAAAAUUUGUGAUACAACCACAAAAAAAAAACGCGUAAAUUCAUGACAGCAUCACGAAAACCUGAUCUCACAAAGUUCCGUGGGAUAGACACAGAAUUUUUGCUAAUUUUUCCGUGCCAUUAUCACGGAUCUCCGCAUUUUUCCGUGGCUCUGCUAUGGACUGUCUUUUUCCGUGGCAUUCUCACGGAUUGGUUCCUCAACUGCUUUUUCCUAUUUUCAAACCAUUUUCGCUUCGGUUUAGGGUUAGAUUUGGUUUUUGCAUUAGUAUGUCACUUUAACUAUUGGUUUAUACAAUUUUUAUACAAUUCUUUAACUAUUGGUUUAUACAAUUUGAUUCCAUAUUUCCAGUAAUUUUAUCAUUUUAUUCCUUAUAUUUAAGGCCCAAAAAAGUGGUCUAGAGCAUCACUUUUACUCAGCGGCGGCGUUUGCGUAUGGCAUUCAGACAAAACACCAGAAAUUAACAGGCUAUAAUGAUGCUCAUUAAAGAUAAUGUUAAAUAUUUUCAGAAUUUCAGUAGAACAUAUCUGAACAUUGGUACAUCACUAAUAUGGAUAAUUUACACGUGUGCUCGACUAUAAUACAGGAACUGACAUGCGGAUGACAUCAACGUGCCACGAGAGCGGUUUGAAAGCAAAUUCUUCCGAUGAUUUCUCGCAUCACCCUCGCGGUACUUUGAUGUCAUCAGCCUGUCAUUCUUGCAGCGCAGCUUGAAGUCCUUGGAGGAGGUUUCAUGAUGACCGCUGUUGUUAUUGUUGUG